AAUCCGGCAAAUGCAUACUGAGUUCCACAGCUCACUAGGGUUUAAGAGCUGAGAAAUUCCACCGAGAAAUCAGAUCGAUCGAUCGGCGGCAGAAAUGGCGAUGAUACAGUCGUUCAAAGCGGCAGCGAGUCGAAUUGUGUCGGCCGCUGAGCACCGGAUUGCAUUUUCCUCCCUCGCGUCGUCCAUAUCGGCGCCGCCGGGGGAUGCGGUCGUGUGCGGCCGAGGAGACAAGAAGACGAAGAAAGGAAAGCGAUUCAAAGGCUCGUUCGGAAACAGCAGGCCGAAAAAGGAGAAGAAAAUCGAGAGGAUCAAGGAUAAGAUCGAGGUGCCGAGGUCCACUCCUUGGCCUCUCCCUUUCAAGCUCAUCUAGAUUCUCGCUUUAAUUUUUCGCUGUUGUUUUCGAAGUUAAUGUACAUUUCCAUGAGCUAAAAGGAAAAAUCUAGUGUUCAUUUGAACUGAUUUACUCAAAAAAGCUCAUGAUUGAAUCUAGAUUCUGUUAGUGUUUUGGUUUGAUUUGAUAAUUCGAUGAUUCAACUGGAACCAAACAUCAUCCUGAGUAGCUAUUUCGUAAUUGAUAUUCAUUAUUUUGCUUGA